CCCCUUUCGAAAUGCAAUUUUAGCAGGUCUGUCCGAAUUACAGUCGUCUCUGUGGAAACCGAUUUUAGCGAGAGAAAUUCUCGGAGGCCCUUGUACCUUCGUCCUCAACACUGCUGGUUCAGUAUUUACGGCACCUUCAUCUGUACAAUCGCGUCGAAAGCUGAGUCUGGUUGUUAGUUUGUGUUACGUAUAUUCAGUCAGUUGAUAUCAGGUCAAUCACGGCUGUCGCGAAAGACUGAGUAAACAGUACUUCUGUAUUAUACUCAGCUUAAUAUUUACUCGGUAGUCGGGAAUCUCCAUAUUUUGUUCUGGUCACCUAAUAACCCUGAGUAAUAUUUCCGUGUUAUUGUUUUCCCACUUAUUUAGUAUUCUGCAAUGGAUAUUCCACCAGCAAUAAGUGCAUAUCUUGAUGGUAAGAUCAAUGGAACUCCAGAAUUCCAAGCCGAAUGGACGGAAAUCAAGGAUUUUUACGCUAGAAAACUUUGGCAUCAACUUACAACGAAACUUCAAGCUUGUCUCAGCCUUCCCAACUUCAAAGCGCAGACGAAUUUGAUCGAGCUCAACGAAGUAUUUCUGAAUGAUUUCAAGAACAAGUACGUUUUUCUUAUUUUGAGCGGAACAGACUAUAAUCUUGUUGCUUCCAGAAUCAAUCCUCUUGCACUGGCAGAAUUGUGCGUCCCAAUCAGUGAGCAGCUUGUCGCGAAUGACCCCCAAAAGGGUAUCCAGUUCAUGGAAGAAAUCCGUGACAAGCAUACACAGAAGUCGAAGGAGGCUGUCAUCUUGUGCAACACCACAAUCGGAAUGAUCUAUUUGACCACACUGAAUGACUUGGCUAACGCACGACAAGUGAUCGAAACAACCGGGGCCCAGUUGGAACAACUCGGGGGCGUAACCUGUGUGCACUCACGGUUCUAUCAGCUUAGUUCCCGUUACUACCAGGUAACGGCACAGCACGCGGACUAUCAUCGCGAAGCUCUCCGAUUCCUUGGUUGUGUCAACUUGUCAGAUUUGAGCCGCGAGGAACAACACGCCUGGGCUUUUUCGGUCGGGUUGGCAGCCAUCUUGGGAGAAGGCGUCUAUAAUUUUGGGGAGUUGCUCACGCACGACGUACUAAACAGCCUUCUGGACACACCGGAUGCUUGGCUUAUCGAUCUCCUGAACGCCUUCAACCGUGGUGACAUCAGUCAACUGGAGGCACUUCGUAGCCAGUGGAGCACCCAGGCUGAUCUGGUUGCUGCCGAAUCUCGUCUAAAGGAUAAAGUUACUCUGCUCUGCUUGGCUGAGAUGAUUUUCCGGCGACCGCCGAACAAGCGAACUUUGACUUUUGCUGAGAUCACGGCGGCCACCAGGGUGCCAGAAGACCAGGUUGAAUUGUUCGUAAUGCGUGCUAUGUCACUGGGUUUGAUCAAAGGACGGAUCGACGAGGUGAAUCACUCAGUAUCAAUAAGCUGGCUGAAGCCACGAGUCCUUGAUCGGGAGCAGUUUCCGCCAUCUUUAAGAGCACUUCUGACUGCGAUCCGUAGUGUUUCCGGUUCGCAUUCUGAUGAUCUAAUCGAUGACUUCUUUCUUCAGAUUGGAAGCAUGCGUGCUCGGUUGAACGAGUGGUGCAAUUCCGUGUCCGACACCAAGAACCUUGUGGAAGUGAACGCAAAGGCCAUUUUGGCAUAA